AUGAACUGGCUUUGUUAGUUCGUAAACGUGGUACAAUUAAAGCGCGAUUAACCGUGUUCAAAGAUUUUCUCGGGGUUAUCGAACAAAUUGAAAUCGAUAACAUUACGUCAAAAAAUAUAAGUGAUAUUAAUGUGAGACUAACCAAAAUAAAGGAAUUGUUUUCAGACUUUGAAAAGGUCCAAUCUGAAAUAGAAGAAUUAGAUCUAGAAAGUAAUUUAGAUAAACGGUUGAACGAGAGAAUCGAUAUUGAAGGCCAGUUCUUCGCGGUCAUGUCUAGUGCCCAGGAAAUAGUGUCAAAACGAGAUGAGCGAGUCGAGGCUGUCCAGCAUAGACUUUCUCUUGUAAGUAAUUCCAGUAAUACCAAUAAUAAUAGCCACUUAAAUAAUCAAAUUCGAUUGCCGACAAUAAAAUUACCAACUUUUGAUGGAAACUACUUGAAAUGGCUGGAAUUUAGAGACACUUUUGACUCGCUCAUCAAUGCAAAUGAUACUUUACCUGACAUUAGCAAAUUUCAUUACCUUAGGUCCUCACUAGAGGGUGGUGCCGUUGUCACGAUAAAAUCUAUUGAGUUUACGAGUGAAAAUUAUCUGGUUGCAUGGGAACUACUGUGUAACAGAUAUAAUAACAAAAACGUACUGAUUAAUAACCACCUCAAAUCGUUAUUCAGCCUUGAAUCUUUAAAUAGGGAGUCGCAUAGAUCACUCAGGUACAUUAUAGAUCAUGUUUCAAAGAAUUUGAGGGCUUUAAAUACGCUUGGUGAGCACACUGAUAAGUGGGAUAGUCUCGUAAUUUAUAUAGUAGUGCAAAAGCUAGAUAGUGUAACUAGCAUUAAGUGGGAAGAGUACAAAUUGAACCUUGGUGGGUCGAUAGAACUAGAAGAUUUUUACCAAUUUUUAAGACAACGUGCUGAUAUUUUAGAGACCGUCCAAGGCGGCUCUAGAGCAGUUCAGGUUAAUAGAAAUGAAAGGUUUGUUAGUAGUAAGGAACCAAGACACAUUAAAACUUUUUUCUCAUCUACGCCAAAUGGAUCAUGUUUUAUGUGUAAUGAGAAUCAUCGUGUGUAUAAAUGUGAUCAAUUUAAGAAUUUGAGUAUCGAAGCCAGGGAAGCAGAAGUUUCCAAACGCAAGCUCUGCUCCAAUUGUCUUCGUCCAGGGCAUUCCACUUCCAACUGUCGUCUCAGCUCCUGCAGAGCCUGUAACAAAAAGCAUAAUAGUUUAUUAUGUCAUAAUAAUAAUAGUGUCAAUAAAGUAUUGCAAAACGAAAGUCACUUGAACUUACAAACUAACGAGGUAAAACAAAACACUAACCAUGAAAAACAAAAUUUGAAUACUGUGGCUAGCACUAGCACUGUUCUGACCACACUUACCUCAUACUCGAGUAACAGCGAAGUCCUCCUGGGCACUGCAGUGGUUGAAGUCGUCGUUGAGCGUGACAACAGUACUUACCUGGCACGCGUUCUUUUGGACUGUGGAAGUCAAAGUUCGUUUGUCACAGAUAACCUGAAAAAUAAACUUAAAAUUAAAACUAAUAGUACUAAGUCACGGUGUAUAAGUGGACUGAACAAUUCAAUAUCUACAGCCACUGAAUAUUGUACAUUAAAAUUAAAGUCAAGAAUUAAUGCCUACACUACGGAUGUACAUUGUAUGAUUAUAUCAAAUAUUUCAGAAAACUUACCUAGUGUAGAAAUCGAUCCCGAGGAUUUAAACAUACCCAACAAUACUGCACUCGCCGAUCCAAACUUCCAUAAAAGUAACAAAGUUGAUAUAUUAAUUGGGUCCGAUGUAAUGUGGAAUAUUGUUAAGGGAGGUUGCCAGAUAUCAUUAGGUGAAAAUAAACCUAAGUUAAUUUAUUCGAAGUUUGGAUGGUUGGUUUCAGGGCCCAUGACUCUGGCCAUGCCAUCUGUGAAGUGUAACAAGAAAUCUGUAUGUCAUUUUAGUCAGGAAAUUAAAGACUCACUUUCUAAAUUUUGGGACUUGGAAAAUUUCAUAAUGCCAAAACGAUCAUUGUCAACAGAUGAACAAAUCUGUGAAGAUUCCUUUAAUGAAAAUACAAUUCGCUUACCGUCUGGUAGAUUCCAAGUAAAAAUGCCUUUGCGCGAGUCUCCUGAGGCUCUUGGAGACUCUUACUCACUUGCUAAGAGAUGUUUUUUAAAUUUGGAAAGGCGUUUUCAAAAGCAGCCGAAAUUAAAGGAAAUGUAUAGUGAUUUUAUACAUGAAAAUACCAACCCUAGUAAUCUAAAGCAAUUUGUUUACAAUCGAGUAAAUGAAAUUCAUGAACUGACUGACAAAUCUGCAUGGCAUCACAUUUCUACAGAAAUAAAUCCGGCAGACAUAGCUUCUCGAGGAGUCAGCCCUAGCAAGCUUCAAGAUUUAGAAUUAUGGUGGAGUGGCCCACCCUUUUUAAUGAAACCUAAAACGGAGUGGCCAAGCGCUCCUAUAGAAAAUGUUGAGCUUCCGGAGCUCAAAGUAUAUUCAUGUUGUGUGUCUGCUGAGCAUUCAUUUGAGUUUGAUAGGUUCUCGAAAUUUAAACGAAUGAUCCGGGUGGUAGGAUAUAUCUUAAGAUUUAUUCACAAUUGUAAAACAAAUAAGGAUUCGCGGCUAAGUGGUGAUCUGAGUAACGAUGAAAUAGAUAGGUCUACUCAGACCCUAAUCAAAACCUGCCAACAAGAUUCCUUUCCAAAUGAGGUGCAAUCAUUAAAAAACAAUAAAAAGAUACAUCAUAAAUCGAGGAUUUUGUCACUAAACCCUUACUUAGAUGAGCAUGAUUUGAUUAGGGUUGGAGGCAGAAUCCAAAACUCAAUCUGUGAGUAUUCUAAAAAACAUCCCAUUUUAUUAUGUGCACGUCAUAACUUUACGAAACUGUUGUUUAAGAAAGAACAUGUGCGUCAUAAACAUUGUGGGCCUGAAUUAUUACUUAGCAUUAUACGAGAUCAAUAUUGGCCCAUCGGGGGACGUAAUCUUGCACGCAGUACAUUUAGGAAAUGUAUCGUGUGUGUUCGUAUGCAGAGUAACUCAAUACAGCCUAUGAUGGGUAACUUACCCCCUCCUCGAGUCACUCUUACCUAUCCCUUCCUCGCGACAGGCGUAGACUUUGGCGGGCCCUUCUCAAUCGUAGACCGCAAGGGCAGAGGAUGUAAGAUAUCCAAAUGUUGGCUUAGUCUUUUUGUGUGUUUAAGCACUAAGGCAUUAACUUUGGAGGUGGUUAGUAGUCUGAGUACUGAAGCAUUUUUAAUGUGUUUGCGUAGAUUUAUAUCACGUCGUGGCAAGCCUCAUGAUAUUUAUUGUGACAAUGGCACCAACUUUGUGGGUGCAAAUAAUGAGCUAGGCAGAAUGUUGCAGGCAAGCCAAAGUUCUGUUAGUGCGGCUGCCCACGACGAGGGCAUUAAAUUUCAUUUUUCGCCCGCUUAUUCCCCUCACUGGAGGGGGCUGAACGAGGCUGGAAUCCGUUCAGCAAAGUUACUAAUGAAACGUGUAAUAGGAAAUGCGAACCUGACGUUCGAGGAGCUCACGACGCUAUUCACCCAGAUUGAAGCAAUUCUUAACUCCCGCCCGUUAACUCCCCUAACGUCAGACCCUUCCGAUGUUACUCCUCUGACUCCAGGGCACUUCCUUAUAGGCCGGCCGCUGACAGCUUUACCAGAACCACCUAUUUUAACAAAUUAUCCAAACAGAUACCAAAAAUUGGAACAGCUUAAGCGGCAUUUCUGGGACCGGUUUCAUAGGGAAUAUUUAAGUGAGCUGCAGCAGCGGACUAAGUGGCGAGAGCAGAGGGGAACACUCAAAGAGGGCGAUCUUGUUGUCAUCAAGGACGACAACCUUCCCCCAAUGCGAUGGCGCUUGGGACGAGUUAAGAAACUGUAUCCAGGGGCAGACGGCAUCACUCGAGUAGCCGAUUUCACGACCUCACGUGGCGUAAUCCAGAGGGCCUUAGGCAGGGUCUGUCUGCUACCAGCUAUCAACCCAGAGGACGAGUCUCUUGGUAACCAGGGUUCCCAAGGCGGGGAGCCUGUUCACGCGCACGGCACAUGAUCUGCGCCGGCGGGAGUGGGGCGCGGGCGCCGCGGCUGCGACCGACCGGCAGUUAUAAUCACGGACGCACGGCGCGCGACACUAAUAAGAAUUUUAUUUUAAUACAAAUUUAAAUCCAG